AUGGAGAAACCUGUUACUGGUAUUUGCCAUCCACCUUCUGAUAUGCUUGUUGUCGAACCCGAGUAUUGCCCCCAGGCCCCCCAGGCUGUUGUGGAUUGGUACAAGUUGGAUGAAGAUACACGUUACAAUAGUAGUCUGGAAGAUGCGGAAGAAAUGGCAAGAAAGCAUCUCGCAGCAAUGGGGUGGGUGUUUGUAUUUGGCCGGAAGGGAGUAAAGCGCGAGUUACGCUACACUUCACCCGGUGGAAAAUGUUUUCACUCGCUUCGAACGGCGUGCAAAGCCUGUAUUGAUGAAGGAGCAGUUUCUAUGACUGUUGGGUCUAAUUCUGUUUCCCGAACAGUUUCUGUUGCUUCCGGUUCUGUUUGUGAAAAGAUUGCUUGUUAUCGUAAGCCAAUCAAAUUUGUUCAUGUGAGUGACAACGUAAAGGGCGACAUAGGCGGCCACCCAAAGAGAAAGAGAAAGAGAGGAAAGGUGCUUGCAGAAUUGAAGAAAAUAAGGAAACAGUCGAGCGGGACUCAGUCAAAAAAUCUGCUCGGAUCAGGAAAAAUUGUACGGGAUGCAGUAAUUUGUAGCUCCUCAAAGCUCAAGGUUCGAUCAUUGUUGUGUGGGCUGAUAGACAACAAUGUGUUGUUGCCUAGGACAAGAGUACACUACCGUGGGAGAAAUGGUUGUGCUCCAUCGAAAAAGGGGCACAUAACUCGUGAUGGGAUUAAGUGUGAUUGUUGCUACACGCUGUUUUCUCUCACUGCUUUUGAAGCUCAUGCUGGUAGUUCAAACCAUAGACCGGCUGCCAAUAUUCUACUCGAAGAUGGGAGGUCUCUACAGGAUUGUCGAAGGCAGGGGAUUAAUAAUAACUCCACAACAAAGCUACAAGAGAAUGAUGAGAUAUGCUCUGUUUGUCACUAUGGGGGUGAAUUAGUUUUAUGUGAUCAGUGUCCAUCCUCAUUCCACAAGAGUUGCAUUGGCUUGCAGGAUGUUCCAGUUGGUGAUUGGUGUUGCCCAUCAUGUGCUUGUGGAGUUUGCGGUCAUGGCAAGUUUCAAGAAGACAAUGGGAAUUUUAUGGACGAUAGUUUUGUUACUUGCAAGCAAUGCGAGCAUAAAUUUCACAUUGGGUGCCUAAAGAGUAAAAAGAUGGUCAAUACAGAUCGUUGGUUCUGUGGCAGAAAGUGUGAAUGCAUUUUUCUGGGCCUUCGCAAGCUUUUAGGGAAACCAAUUCCAGUGGGUGUUGAUAAUUUGACUUGGACACUAUUGAAGUCCACAUAUUCUGAAAGCUGCAAUCUAGCAGAUUCUCCUAGAAUUGAGGCCUCCAUGGAGAAUUACAGAACGCUCAAUGCUGCUCUAAGUUUGAUGCAUGAGAUUUUUGAGCCUGUCAAACAACCUCUUACUAACACAGACCUUGCUGAAGAUGUAAUUUUCAGUAGAGGGUCAGAGCUUAAACAAUCCAACUUCCGAGGGUUCUACACUGUGCUCUUGGAAAGAAACGAUGAAGUGAUUUGUGUGGCUACUGUAAGGAUUUAUGGGGAAAAGGUGGCAGAAAUACCUCUUGUUGGCACCAGUUUUCAACAUCGUAGAUGUGGGAUGUGUCGCAUAUUGAUGGAUGAGCUUGAAAAGCAGCUGAUGGCACUUGGAGUGGAGAGGCUAAUUUUGCAUGCUGCUCCUACUGUGCUCAAGACGUGGACAACUUCAUUUGGGUUUUCCAAGAUGACUGAUUUUGAGAAGGUGCAGUUUAUGGAUUAUACUUUCCUGGAUUUCGAAGAUACCAUCAUGUGUCAGAAGCUCCUAAUGAAGAAACCUGCAGUAGAAAUUGUGGACCAGGGACUUGUAGAUACUGCUGUGACGCAUGGAAAAUUCAAUUUUCAGUGUUUUGAUGAAGUCUUCAAUUUCAAAGAGGCAAGCAGGGACAGCAACAGUGAUUAUUCCAAGAAGAGGAAGAUAUCAGCAUGGGAGAGCCAAAGCAGUGACUAUUCCAAGUUCUGCAAGAGGAGGAAUAUAUCAGCAUCUGACAGCCGAUUCCCAUUCCAUGAUACAACUGGUAGAUAUCUUAUGUCAGCAUUUUAA